CCUCACUUUCCCAAAUGAAAUGAGUCCACAAGAACAAGCGAACAAAAAAAGGAUUGAUAAAUUGAUAGAAAGGAAAAAGAAUACAGUGACUCAGUGAGUUAGUUGAAGAUAAAGGAACAUAAAAAUGGAGGUUAGUAGCAAUAAUAGUGUGUUGAGAUCUUCAGUGAGUUCUUUUCUAUUACCCACAAAUCUAUCAUUAACAAAGAAGAUUACUCUGCUUCCUGUUUCUGCUUCUUCAUCUCUACUCUCUAAUGCCAUCAGGUCAGAGUUGUCACUUUGUGUUGGAACACAUAAUAUACCCCAUCCAAACAAGAUUGAAAGGGGAGGCGAAGAUGCCUUCUUCAUAAGCAGCUAUGGUGGUGGAACAAUAGCUGUUGCUGAUGGAGUAUCUGGGUGGGCUGAACUGGAUGUUGAUCCGGCAUUGUUUUCGAAGGAAUUUAUGGCUAAUGCUUCAUCCAUGGUAGAGGACGAAGAGGUGAAUAACGAUCCACAGGCUUUGUUACGGAAGGCACAUGCGGCUACCUCUUCAGUUGGUUCAGCAACAGUAAUUAUUGCUAUGAUGGAAACAAAUGGGAUUCUUAAUAUUGCAAAUGUUGGAGAUUGUGGACUACGUGUUAUUCGCAAAGGUCAAGUAAUGUUUUCAACAUGCCCUCAAGAACAUUAUUUUGACUGUCCUUAUCAAUUGAGCUCACAAUCUUCUGGUCAAACAUACCUAGAUGCCAUGGUUAGCAGUGUAAAAUUGAAGGAAGGUGAUAUUGUAGUGAUGGGUUCAGAUGGACUUUUUGAUAAUGUUUUCGAUCAGGAAAUCGCAUCAACUGUAGUCAGCAACAGCGAUGUUACAGAAGCCGCCAAGGCAUUAGCUAGGCUGGCUAGAGAUCACUCGAUUGACUCCAAUUUCGAUUCUCCAUAUUCAUCAGAAGCUCGGACUAAGGGUAUUGAACCGCCUUCUUGGAAGAAGAUUCUUGGGAUGAACUUAACAGGGGGGAAACUGGAUGAUAUUACAGUGGUUGUUGGUGAAGUUGUAAAGCUUGCAGAAACAACCUCAGAAUGGGUUUAUUAGAUUCACAUGUUAUCCUAAGGCUUGGUUGUUUUUCUGGUGAAGCAAGUGUGGCCAUAUUGGCAAAUUUGAUAAUUUUUCAACUCCAUCCAAGAAUUCCUCAAUUUUCAGAAUUUUAUUGUUUUGGUUUGAUUUUUUAGGACAAAAGAACAAGUAAGAUGUUCACGCAUACAGAGUUAAAUCAUUAGAUCAUAUACUUAUAUUUGUCAACACACUAAUUCAAUUUCAUUUGUGCAUACAAGUUUUUUUUAUCGA